CGAGUCCACGCUGAAGGAGCAAGAUGGCGGCUGUAAGGUUGUUGUUGGCAGGAGCCUUGACUUUGAUCCUUUUUGUAGGCCUUUCCCAGGCUAAAAAGAAAGGCAUUUCAAAAGAGGUGAUGUUAGAGUCUAAAGUCAAGCAAUUGAUGGAGUGGAAUCAUAGAAAGUCUGUGAUAAGACUGAAUGGAGAGAAGUACAGGACAUACCUUAGAGCUUCACCGAGGAAUUACUCUGUAAUCUUGAUGCUUACUGCUCUUGCAGCCAAUAGACAAUGUACAAUCUGUAGGGAGGCUAACAAUGAGUAUCUAAUAUUAGCCAACUCUUGGAGAUAUUCUCAACAAUAUUCCAAUAAAUUGUUCUUUGCUAUGGUGGAUUUUGAUGAGGGACCUGAUGUGUUCAAUGCUUUGAGAUUGAAUUCAGCUCCAGUUUUCAUGCAUUUCCCACCAAAAGGCAAGCCAAAGAAGGCAGAUUCAUAUGAUAUGCAAAGAAUGGGAUUUUCAGCUGAACAAAUUGCUCGUUGGGUCUCAGAAAGAACAGAUGUUCAUGUUCGUGUGUUCAGGCCACCAAACUACAUGGGUGCUAUUGCACUGGGUCUCUUAGUCAUACUCAUUGGUGGAUUGCUUUACAUUCGCCGAAAGAAUCUUGAAUUCUUGUACAACAAGACAUAUUGGGCUAUAGGUGCUCUGUGUAUUGUGUUUGCUAUGACGUCUGGUCAGAUGUGGAAUCACAUUAGAGGACCACCCUAUGCACACAGGAACCCACAAACUGGCCAAGUGAGCUACAUUCAUGGAAGCAGCCAAGCACAGUUUGUUGCAGAAACUCACAUAGUUAUUUUACUAAAUGCUGCAUAUGUUAUUGGUAUGAUACUUCUCAAUGAGAAAGCCUUUGAAGUGAAAGAACCUGGAAAAAGAAAGAUGAUGGUGAUGGGUGGUCUAGGGCUUAUAGUGGUCUUUUUUAGUCUUCUUCUGUCUGUUUUCCGUUCCAAGUAUCAUGGUUAUCCUUACAGCUUCCUUAUAAAAUAAACCAGUGUUUAUUUAUCAAGUGCUCAAGCAGUCAACAGGAUGUCCCAUCUGUAACCUUUGUUAUUAGUGACUGCUAAAUACUAAUAUUGUUACACCAGACAGCAUGAACCAUCUUGAAAACAAUGAAAAAUCAUUUCACUA